AUGUGUCUGCAUCAGGCACAGGACAGAGUCACGCCGGCUUCACACACCGGGCCUAUUGUCAGAGCGGCCAUCGCAGAGCUGACGUCAUUGCCCUGUGCUAGGAGGGAAGAGGACUGUAAGUUUGCUGUGGUUUCCCUCUGUGUCUUUGGAUUGUCUAUCGGUCUCUCCUCAGGCACACAAGCGGGUCUGAGUGAGAAGGUCCUGGUGUUCCCCUAUGAGACGGACUUCAGCUUCGUGGCCCUGAUCCCUCAGAAGGAGAUGGGCCUGAGGGCCCUCACCCUCUGCAUGCGUGUGGCCACCGAGCUGCCUGAUGAGCGGCAGGUCAUCCUGUUCGCCUACCGCACGGCCGACUACGACGAGCUCAACGUGUGGCGGGAGCGGGACGGCCGCAUCUCCUUCUACAUGAGCGGCGAUGGCGUCCUGUUCCACCUGCCGCCGCUCACCACCUUCCGCACCAGCCUCUGCCUCACCUGGGAGUCGCGCACGGGCCUCACAGCCUUCUGGGUGGAGGGCAAGCGGAGCACCUACCAGGUCUACAAGCCCGGACACACCAUCCGGCCACAGGGCACCGUCCUCCUGGGGCAGGACCCAGACAAACACCUGGGGGGUCUGGAGGCCGUGCAGAGCUUUGUAGGGGAGGUGACCGACCUGAACAUGUGGGACUUCGUGCUCUCCAGGAGCAUGAUCCAGGCCUGGCACUACGGCCACAAGGUGCCCAAGGGGAACGUCUUCGACUGGGCCACCAUCGAGUACGAGCUGAACGGGAACGUGAUGGUGGUGGAUGACGACUGACUCGGGGGGGAGCCUGUCGCAGAGAGGGCCGAGGCUUUUCAGACGAGUUCUGGACUGAUGCUGAUAUGUGGGGUCGUCUUUCUUAGAUUCUGUGUCGUUUGACGUUCGAAUCCUUCAACUGUUCCUUGUUCCUUAAUACAGCAGAAAGCGGUGGUGUUUGGGACAUUAUAUCAUAAAUAUAACAAUCUAUUUAACACCUUAAUGCAACACUCAAACAUCUAGCAGCGUGGGAACUCAUUUGAUCGUUUCUUAUGGUCCUCUUUGUAAUUCAGAGCUUCAUCCUUCGAUUGAAAGAAAAACCAAUGAGAACAUGUUGAUGUGCCGGAUGUAUCCAUAGGGUGGCAGUCUGCGCCAGUUCACGUCAAACAGAAACUUGGGUCAGACAGAGCUUGAUCAUGCACGUACACCCACUGAUGUCAUGUGGCCACAAAUAGCUGAUGAGAAAAGCAUGUUUAACUGUGACAAUUAUAAUAAAGGGAAUUCAUGUUUGCAGUGCAUCGGGAUUUUGUAGAUAAUGUCAAUUUAAACAUUUGCAAACGUCUAAUAACUAAGAUUUCACCUUGUUUUACCACUGACGCUGUUGUGCAUCUAACAGAAAAUCACUACUGACUUGAGACGACACAUUUAAAUUAUUAAUUUGGGUUAAAAUUUGAUAUAUUUGAGCAGAAACAAGCAUAUUUCGAAAAACCUUCCAUCAUGCAUGAAAUAUUUGUCAGCGUUUGUUUUUGCAGGUCCUUUGCUCGGUGAUAUUUAUGACAUGAUAAUAUGAAUGAGACAAUAAAAGCAGUGAACUGCAGGAUGCGUUAUUUCUGCUGCAGACUUAAUGAUUUAACUGCACCGAGAGACAAACAGCAAUUAUCAUGUUUGAAAUCCAUUGCCAUACAGUUGCCCUUGGUUAUGGCGCCCGCUCAUGAAUUUUCCAUGUUUUAACUGAUGUAAAAACGCUGUCGGGUCUGAAAUAAAAU